CCAUUAAUCUAGUUUUAACUAAGAAGCAGGAUUCUAAGUCUAAACCAAAGCCCAAAAAGUUUUUCACUUCGUUGGAAUGGCAUCAUCUUGUGUGGGUACUUUAUCACCCAACAACUCGCUUAUUUUCUCACAAACCAAACACUCAGUUACUCCUACUACAAGUAAAGGUGCUACUACGUGGGUAUCUUUUCCUUCAACAAGGAGGAGAGUAAUAAGAGCAGAGAGUAUGAGCACUGUCACAGAGAAACAUGGCAUCAAGAUUGAGAGGAACCCUCCUGAAUCCAAGCUCACUCAACUUGGUGUCAAGCAAUGGCCCAAAUGGGGUUGUCCUCCAAGCAAAUUCCCAUGGACAUAUGAAGCCAAGGAGACUUGCUAUCUUUUGGAAGGAAAAGUGAAGGUUACUCCUAGUGGGGCAAAUGAGUCAGUUGAAAUUGCUGCUGGUGACUUGGUUGUGUUUCCAAAAGGGAUGAGUUGCACUUGGGAUGUGUCUGUUGGCGUCGACAAACACUAUAAUUUUGAAUAAAUCCUUCAAGAGUUGCCAAAUAAAUGAAGAUGGAGGACUUUAUUAGUGAAUUGAUUAGACAUAAUAUUCUGUAGUUGGAUAUAACAAAGGACUUUGAAGUGGUAUUUAGUUUUUUGUGGCUGAAGGUUUUAUUCUUUCGUC